GACGGUGCAGUGCUUCUGCUGCAGCGCAACGUGUUCGGCGUCGCGUCCGUCCGGCAAACGUAUACGUCAGGUCCGUCGCGCGAGUGCGUCCGUUUUUAUCCAGUUUCCGCAUUUCGAUUGGAACGCAACGUGUCUACAGCGCCAACAUCCGAUUUUGGUUUACGGUCGAUCAGAAAUAUAAUUUAUUUUAGUGCAAGUGAAACCAAAACCCACGCGCCGUUUGUGACCGUGAAAAAACGACCGGGCGAUGGGUUGCGAUAUCGCCUCCAUCGACAAGUCAUGACCCGGGGACGCGAUUAGUAAAAUCGCAACGAGCUACGUCAGAGGAAUGAUUCCCGAUCACGUAAGCUACAGAAACAAGAUUUACGUGUGAUUUUGUAAUUCCAUUACGAUGAUCACAGAAACAACGACUAGUACCGUACUGCCUACUGGGGGUGGCAAAAUAAAACGUCCAAGUUUCAAAUCCAGGGGCAGUACCGGGUCGCACGUUAACCGAACGGGUAGCUUUAGGGGCUACCAGACAAUCCGGGUGUCGGUGCCGUCUUCAAUGGUCGCCGAGCUGGCGUCAAAGUUUAACGCGGUGGUGGUGGACGCCAACCAGGGGGACUCGAUGCAGGACAUCAUGAAAAAAGUGAAUAAAACACUGGCCAAGGGCACUACGGUCCGUACUAAGGUCACUUCGGUCCGGGAAAAGGGCGUCGUGGUACGGGCCACGGUGGAAAAGUUUGAGUCGACCUCGCAAAAGAAGCGUUGCAUCAAUCAGAUGGUCGUAGUGCGGACCAACUCUAACCAGCGAACGGUUGAGGAAAGGCCGAUUGUCGUGGAACAGCAGAAAAUUACAGGCCAUCUAACUGCCACAAAACAACUAUCUGUCGAGGAACAACGGAAGGUCGAAGAUCAUUUGACUGCCGUGGAACAUCCCAUUGCUGUAGAACUACCGACUGACGUGAAACAGCGAAAAAUCGUAGAUAAUAUUAUGACUGCCGUGGAACAACCGACCGCCGUGCUAAAUCCUACUGCCACGAAGAAUCGCACCGUCGAACAGCAGAAGUCUAUCGAACAGCGCACGUCGUCGUCGGUAGUAAAAAAGCUCCUGGUGCAGUUCGAAAACGGUAAAAAACCGUCGAAACCCAGUGUUCUGGGACCGAAACCAAACGUUACAACCCCCAACGUCAAGAGAAAUGAACGGAGGCCACCGUUGCAAAAAGAUACGAUCAGUGCAGUGGACAGACAUCUGUUGAAUAAAGACAAACGGUUAUCGAUCGCCAGAGAUCCAGACGCUCAGUUGGAAAGUGUUUUAAAUGCGACGCCUCCGCCAAAAAAUCUGCUACAACCAGUGGGUAGGGAGAAUUCGCCACUACGUGAAGACUUGGAGCAGCAGCGGCCAUUGGAAACGGACCGAUCGACACUGCAAAAAGACUUAAAGCAGCAGCGACCAAUAGAAACGGACCGAUCGCCGACGCGAGCAGUCUUACAGCAGCCAACAGAAAUCGUUACGACCAGGUCUCCACCGCCACUGCCAUUAAAACCAAAUUGUUCCUUUCUGCAUGGUUGGAAACGGCCGUUGACUACGACGGUAACCGCUGCCACAAGUCCUAUCGCCGCAACAACUACACUUACUACAACUACACCCCCUAUAACUGCCCCAGUAUCGACCACACUCAUCACCACUACCCCUGUCCUUAACACUUCAACCACCAAUACCAUCACGACUGAUCAUAAAGUUGGACAACACGAUGUCGGUGAGGAAUGUUCAUCGUCUAUCGUCGUCGCGACUCCUACUACCUCCGUUCUCGCGUCGUUAGCCGAAGCUUCCCUCACCGCGACUGCUUUUGCCACUAACACCACUACCAUCACUGCCGAUACUACUACUAACGCAGCCGAUACCACUACCAUCGCUGCCGAUACCACUACCAUUGCUGUCGAUACCACUUCCGAAAUCGGUUCACAUGACUACAACUACAUCGUUGGUGGCGAAUGCAUUUACGAGGAGCUACGCUAUAUACGACUAACGUCAACCGAUGUGGUCACCACGGCCACGGAAGCGCCGUUGUCUAACGUCAUAGUGGAGAAUCCGUACAUCGUAGACUGCUCUAACGACGAUCACUAUACCACGAUCGACGGUAGCGAGCAAAACAUUUACGACGUCGUUACGACCGCUACAAACGCCUAUGAUGACAACAGUUAUGAGACGGUUCAACCGCCGUUGCCACCGUUACCACCACCACCACCACCAGUCGUCUCCGUCACGGUCGCGGACUUGUCAUCACUGCAACUUCCAGUCAACGGCGAUGGUGACGAAAACGGCAUCCUAGAGAAAAAAGAGAUGUUUGAUCAUUCAGUGGAAAUCGAUAACAGCAUUUAUGGAAUAAAUGCACCGUCGGAAUCCACUUCGUCCGGUGUCACAUCGGAUAGUGUCAGUGUUGACAGAAACAGUAAAUUUGAUGAAGAUGAUGGUUGGGUAGAUGUUCCUUCCUCUGAAGAAAUUAUUUUAAUACCAUAUCCUUCCAAUAGAUUUCGUCAAAAGCCAAAGAUUAAGAAGCCAAAGAAGCCAUUUUCAAAAUUAAUUCAUGGACUUUUAAAUAAAGAUCAUAAUACUGGAAAUACUAUAAAUCAAGAAAUACCAGAAAAUAUCUAUGUUUUCGAUUCAUUUAGCUCUGAUAAUUCCUCUGAUGAUGACGGAGAAAAUGUCAAACGGAUACCCGAGUAUCCAUGCAAAGAUCGAGUCUUGCCAGCUCCGCCAAGCGAUGAACGAAACUAUGGAAUUGGUCCAUUAGUCAAUAAAGCUAGGAAACGAUUUAAAAAAGGAUGGUCAUUUGGAUCACUUAGUUCACUUGGCAUAAAACGUGUAGGAAAAUUAAGCCAAGGAAAUUUAAGAGCCAACUUUGAUAAUAGAACUUAUGAAAGCACAUCAGAUAAAAGUAUUGACAAAAGUUUUAAUUCAUUGGCGAAUAGUAAUAGUCCGUCUUCAUCUGUUUUCUAUAUUCCCAUAUAUAAACACAUUAUAGGAAAUGGUGAAAUUCGGCCUAUACGGAAUAGAAACAAACCGCCAUCGUCCAUUGAUUCAAGACGUCUAAGUGUAGCAAGACCUAGUUCACCACCACCCCCUCCACCAGUAAAACGACAUUCAACUGGGAACACUACUUAUGGUUCAUUGCCUCGUUCAAUUUAUAAUUCUAAAGGAAGGCCGGGCAUUUCAUUGGAUAAGAGUAGCACUGAAUCAACGUCUGAGAAUGGUUCAAAUCAUGGUUCAGAUUUGUGCAUGCGAUUUGCUGACGAACCGUUGUAUCAGUUUUAUGCAGCUGAUAUAUCUAAACGGACAAAAAGUGUUUUUGCCGGCGACAUAAUGGAAGAUUGUGAUGGUUAUGAAGAAAUUAGUUCAAUUACAAGCAGACCAUCAGCUUUAGAGCUUAUAACACCUUGUACAUCUGGUCAUGGGCAACAUAGAUCUUUAUGGUGUGAAGUUCCAGAAGUAAAAAAUAGUGGCAUUAUAGACUCGUUAACACCAAGAGAGCGAAAGUUACAAGAAGCAAAGUUUGAAUUAAUAACUUCUGAAGCAUCUUAUUUUAAGUCUUUAACUGUUCUUGAGAAACAUUUCAUAAAUAGUCAUUCAAUGAAUGACGAUACAAUUUUAAGUAAAAAAAAUCAAAAGAUUUUAUUUGGAAAUGUUAAUGCGGUACGAAAAUGUUCUGAAAAAUUACUGGCGGCAUUAGAAAAAUGUUGGCAAGACAACAUACUACUUAGUGGACUUAGUGAAAUUUUAUACACACAUUCUAAGGAAAAUUUCGAUAUUUUUGUAAAAUAUUGCUCAAAUCAAAUUUAUAUAGACCGUACUUUAAAGUCAUUAAGAGAAAAUCAAAAAUUCAACGAAGCUUUACAAAGACUGGAAUCAGAUCCAAAGUGCCAAUCGCUCUCUCUUCAUUCGUUCCUAAUGUUACCUAUGCAAAGAAUAACUAGAUUACCUCUCCUCGUUGAUGCUAUUUUAUCACAAAUGGAUUUAAAAGAAAAUGCUUUGGAGUAUCAAAUGUGUGAAUUGACUUUAGCUUCUUUAAAUGCCAUUGUUCAAAACUGUAAUGAAAGUACUAGAAAAUUAGAACGUUAUGAAGAAAUGUUGUUACUUAGUCAACAAUUAGAAUUUUCUAGUAAAAAAGAAAUGAAAGCUAUGUCAGUAGCUUCUAGUUCACGCUGGUUAGUUCGUUCUGGAUCUAUGUUGCAUUUAACUGGUCCCGAUGCAAAGUUAACAUUUAGCCGAAAAUUGAUACGGCCUACUAAACUUUACUUCUUCCUAUUCAAUGAUAUGUUUUUCAUAGCAAAACGCAAAAGUGAUGGAAACUAUACGGUGAUAGAUUAUUGUGCAAGAAAUUUUGUAGAAAUGGAACAUACUACUGAAUUAAUUAUUCCUUCAUCAUAUAAAAACCUUUUGAAGCUAACUAUUUUAGAAAAUCAUGAAGGAAAAACUGUUGAAAUGUUAUUGAGUUGUGAUUCUGAAUCUUCAAAAAAACGUUGGAUUGAAGCAAUGUCACCUCCUAUAAGUUCCAAUCCUGAAGAAACAUUAUAUAAUGAAUGGGACUGUCCUCAAGUGUUUUCAGAACACCCGUACGUUGCUGUUCAACCUGAUGAACUGUCAUUACAAAAUGGGGACAUUGUAAAAGUCUUGACUAAAAUGAAUGAUGGAUGGUACCAUGGUGAACGAAUUCGUGAUGGCGAAAAAGGUUGGUUUCCUGGUAAUUACACAACAGAAAUAGCAUCACAACAUGCUAGAGCAAAAAAUCUUAAGCAACGUUAUCGUUUGUUAGCCAUGUCUGGAAGUUACCUGCAGUCUCGACAAGAUAAAAUUAAAAAAAAAAAAAGUAGUCAAAUUAUUUAAAUUGAAUUAUUGUUAAAAAAAAAUAUAUAUUU